AUGUCACUGCACACCAACUUCUCCUCUAUAAUGAGAAUGUAUGAUAUGGUUGGUGAAGCCUAUUCUCGAGUUACCGGAUGGGGUGGCUCAUCGAAGUCAAGCAAGGAGUUUGAAGAUUGGGCAAGCGAGCAGCUGAAACUUGCCGCGGACUCCGAAAAAGCACCCGAGGUGUCAUUUCUGAAGGUUAUGGCUGGGGGAAGAAUCUCCCCGGAGUCUGCCUUGUCAGAAAGCAAGGAGAUGUUAGGCCCUGGGACUGACACAACCUCUGCCACGCUCGCUCACAUAUUGUGGGCACUGUCCCUUAACCAGUCUUUGCAAAAUGAUCUUGUUUCAGACCUAAAAGCUGCGAAUUGGACCACAGACAUGACGGAACUCGAAUCAAUACCAAGACUGACAGCUUGCGUGAAGGAGGGAAUUAGAUGGACUGGAGCGGCAUCCGCCAUGCUACCCAGAAUUGUACCGACGGGAGGAUCGUUACUCGCAGGAAAGCAGAUUCCUGGUGGUACGAUGAUUUCCAGCUCGCCUAUCUGGUACUUACAUGACGAGACUGCUUUCCCUGGGCCUUAUUAUUAUCGACCUGAUCGAUGGCUCGAGAAAGACUGUGAAGACUUGGCUUCUUUGCGCAGCGAUUAUUAUAUCCCAUUUUCCAAGGGCCCUAGUACCUGCAUUGGCAAUCAGUACGUUAUAUUGAAAAAGUAUCGUAUCCAGCAACCAGAAGAGUCCACAAUCAACGUUGAUGUUGAGGCAACCCUUCCUGCACGACUAGAAUGGGUUGCUGCGGUGCCUAUUGGGAAAUUGCAGGUUGUCGUGUCAGAAAGACUCUCGCAAGGAUGA